AUGGACGCCGACGACCCGCCUAUCGGAGAUAGCCUCGCGGAGGGCGCCAUCACCAUUGUCGAAGGGACCUGGCAGCCUCUCAUCGAACCGGUUCACGGCAUCGUCCGUGCCUCGUUCUUGCCAUUGACGAGGCCGCAGACGGUGGUGUAUGCGGUGGCAGAGUACAGGGAGGAGCUGAACCCUCACCAGGUCCCACUCGAGGUCGGCGACGAGGUCUACAUCGUCGAGGUCUUCCAUUCUUCUUCGCCCUUGCCGAAAGACGUUCGAUGGUACCGCGGAUACGUCCUCUGCACCUCGUCCCGUCAGGUCGAUCCGUACGCCCUAGCAGCAUCUUCUCACCCUCCGUUCCGUACGGACGAUCCGAACGCCAUCCUCGGCAUCUUUCCCGCCGCUCACAUCGCCUUGCAAGAUGAUGUCGUGGGCGAAAUCGCACCGCCAGAUAGUCACGACAAGCCGAACGGCACUUCUCGUACGUCGGAGCUCGAGAGGACUGCGUCAAGGCGACGUAAUGGCGGGAUGCGGAUGGAGUCGCUACAAGAGGAGGAGGAGCCGGAGGACGCCGACGGGCGAGCUGAUGGACAACGACGACACCAGGCGCCAAACGGGUCAACUCUGCCAGCUUCGCCGAGAAAGCGGAGCCGCAACCGCGCUUCCAUCACUUCGCUCAGCUCUGUCGGCGGAUCGUUCCAAUCAGCCCGACUGAGCCGGCUUGGCCUGGCUUCACCCGGUACAGACGAGCGAUCAUCACCUCCGCUUCCCAGUCUCAAGUGCGGCGACGAGACGAGCAGCGGACUCGACGAGCCCCUCAUCGACGAGAUCGCCUGUGCCCUCCGCGAGUGGCAGAACCUGAUGCACACCCACCUCGUUCGCGGAGACUACAUGCUCUUCGAAACCGUCGCCGAGCACUUUGACGCUCUCCAUGCCAUGCGACAACAACUCUUGUCGAAAUCGCUCGGCAGUGGCGACGCUGCUCGUCUGCGGCGGGAGGCUGUGGCUCAUCUCGUCGCCGGAAACGCUGCGCAAGGGCUCGACAUCGUCGUGCGGCAUCCGCAUUCGGGUGCAUUGGUGAAGACGAACAUCGAGGGAGACGUUGACGAGAAGGCUUGGAUGACGGUCCCAGAGCUCUACAAGGAACAAGUCGCCCUCGCCUACUCAUCCUCAGCCCCUUCGCAGUCUCAGACCCAUGUGUCGUCUAUCCGCCUCGACUUCCAAGGUCUUGUCGGCGGCGACCUUGCCUCGCCAGGCGAGACCCUCGAGCUGUACUUCUCGCUGUUCAGCAAGGUCGAAUCGCGGUACGUGACGGAGGAGGCGUGCAUCCUCAUCGACCACGAGGGAACGCUCGCUGGCAACGAGACGAGGCAGACAGUCUUCCGCGACCUCACCAAGAACGACAUGCAGAGCGAAGUGUAUCUCGUUUGCCGCAUCAUCCGCAACGGCUUCUACAGGUCGUCGGGCAGCAUCAGCAACGCCAGUGCGCCACCCAGGUCGGCGUUGCGGAACGGCCUGUCGCUCGCCUCGUCGCGCCACUCCGCCCGUUCCGACGCAGCCUCGCUGGACUCGGCGCCCUCGCCGGCCACCCUCGACGUCUCCCCCGCGCCCGAGACCAUGCUGCACCGUGACGAUGCCGGUCACAAGUCUUGCCGCCGUCCCGUCGGAGCAGCCGUCGCGGAGCUGGCGGCAGUCGCAGCGCGAAAGUCGCCCAUCGCCGUCCCAAUCUUCGUUCCUGUCGACGAAGGCACGUUUUCGACCCUCCACGAAGACCUCAUCCACAGCCGCACGAGACGAUUCGAACAAACGCCCAAUGCCCAGCACAUCACGGUCGAGAUCGAGUACCUAUCGCCGGACAACGAUAAACGCGACCUCGUCGAAUGUUCCGUCACGCCCCGUCUGGACUUCCCCGACAUCAGCUCGAAGGAGCAGCGGAACGACUUCUACGUCAAGCUCUGGAGCGGCGAGUUCCAUCGGUCGGGCUCGGGAACCGCUACUGUCCGAAGUCUCGCACAGCUCGCAGCCGCUGGCGGUAGCGCAGGCAGCUUCGAGGUCUCGGCCGAAGCGAGGAGUCGGUACGGACAGCCGCUCGAUAGAGCCCUCUCGCGAGGUGCGGGACAACAACCCGUUUCCGCCUUUGUCUCGACCGUCUACAAGGGUGCCGAAAAGCCUUCCUGGGGCGAGCUCUUCAAGGUCAGCCUCGCGCCGGAGGAGUUCGUCGACUCGCACCUUUUCCUCACCGUCCGCGACCGCAACUCGCGGAGCGAUCUGCCUUUCGCCUUCGCCUUUCUUCCCUUCCUGCACGACGGGACGGCGGUCCAAGCGGACGGCACGCACUCUCUGGUUCUCUACAAGUACGACGAGGCCAUUGCAAAUCCUGCCUUCUACUUCCAAGUUCCCGCAAAACGCGACAGCGACUCCGAACCUCCGUCGAUUCCGCCGAGCGUUUCCAAGACCCUCGUUCCGCUCAGGGACAGCAUCAAGAUUCGCACGUUCCUCGUCUCUACCGCCCUCUCGCAGGACGACGUCCUGCUGCGCCUGCUCCGAUGGCACGAGACGCUCGUUCGUCAGCCCGACUCGAUCAGCGAGACCUUGGUGCAGCUCCGCUUCUGUCCCGAGGCGGAGAUUGCGAGGUUCCUCCCCGAUGUUCUCGACGCGCUCUUCGCCCUGUUCGCCUCUGCGGCCAAUACGACCGGUCACCUGGAUCGCGCUGCUUACGAAGCCCUCAUCUCGGUGCUCGGCAUCGUGCACGACCGUCGCUUCACCGGGUUCGGCGAGGCGCUCGACGAGUACAUCGCGCGGCACUUCAGCGAACCCAGUGCAGGCCGUCUCGUCUUGCGCACGCUGCAGAGCCUGCUACGACAUCCCGAAGACCCCGCAGCGGCGUCCCUGUUGCGAUCUAGCGUCAAGGUCUGGCGAUGGCUUUUCGGGCUCGCCUUGCGGGCCCACGUGAUCUCGCGGUCACAAGGCGAUGACGGCACAGGCGACGCACAAGGGGCCUUCCGAAACGAGGUCGUCGGCCUACUCGCCGAAGUCAACACGCUCAUGCGUACGACAAGGCCGGCAUCCAUCGUCGGAACGCAAACGCUUCUCAUUCAGCAUUUCGCCUCGAUUCUCCCGCUUCUCACGUCAGUCUUCGGCGAAGAGGAGACCAUCGAGGUCAUCCUGUCCUUCAUCGAGUCGACAGGCGAGCUGAAGGGGAAGGCGCUUGUCUGGCGGCUCCUGCUUCUGAACGAGGUGGUCCGCUCGUCCGCCUUCGCCUCGCCAGCUGCUCGUGCAGCAUUCGUCCCAGGACUCGUCCGAGCUGUCAAAGCGUGUCUCGGCAGGUUCGACGAGCUCGCCAUGUGCGCGCCAAACGCAUCGCAGGUCGCCCGCGAUACGGCCCGCAUCGCUUGGGUCGAGGAACUCCGGCUCGCCACAUCCGUCCUCGCCAGCGCAGUCGACGUCGUCCAGAAAGCCCUCGUCAGCCCGGACACCCGCUCGAACCGAACGCUCUCCGCGCAGGAGCAGGACAACGCGGAGUAUCUCCUCUCCCUCGUGCCGCUGCUUCUGGACAGCCUUAACGAGUUCGAGAACCCCGUCAACACCGCCGCCAUCGAGCGACAGCGCGCACCGGGCGCUGCUCUGCUCGACAUACCGGUCACCUUCCCUUCGUCGUAUCCUUUUUCCCUCGUCACACGUCCACCGACGACCGGCGCUGGCGCCGCACCCUCCGAGUCGGCGACUCGCCGAUCCGUUCAGCCCGGUAUUGGGGAAACCGUCUGCACGGUGCUCGCCCUCAUCCACCUCGCAUCGCUGCAGACUCUCAUCGGUUGGUUCGAUUCGCUGCGGGAGGUGGAGGGUCCCGACAACCUCGCCGAGCUGCUGAGCCAGCUCUGCCGCCUCGCGAUGUCGACGAUCGAGCAUGACAGGUUGCCCGAAACCUGGCUCACCUUCGACUUGUUCGCCCACCGCACCGCUUUCAAGCUCGCCGAGGCUGUCGACGUCGUUGUCCGCCGACAUUUCCUGCCGCUCGAAGACGCCGCUUUCUCGUUCCGGACCGUGCUGUGGGAGGACUACCUCGGCAUGGUUCUCAGCCUCGUCUCGAGGCCUCAGCGCACCAUCGAGAACUUCUCGCCGCAGAAGCGACGAGCGGUGUGGCAGCUGUCCGGCGAUCUGCGAGCGGAGGGCGCUGCUCUCCUCGAUCGCGCCUGGACGUCCCUCGCCCUCGUUGACGACCGUUUGCAGCCCUUGGUAUUGACCUAUGGCGGCUACCAAGUCCAGCUCGUGACUGUCCUGCUCGGCAAAGUACUCUCGACAUGCCUCUCUCAGCACGAUUCGCUUCGACGAGUCGGUACAACAACGCUUCGCGCAAUGAUCCUGUCCGAGUACGAGCUGAACGGCGAGCUCGACACCCUCGAAGCCGCCGCGAUCGGCCACCUCGACUCGCUCUUCGGCGCCCGCGACCACGUCGACGCUGCAGCAUCUCGCACGUUCUUCGUCGCCGAGUUGCGCCAGCUCUUCGGCGAGUGUGAUCUCAAGGACGACCAGCGCACUCGCGUCACCGCCUUCCUCGAAUCUGUCGACGCAUUCCUCGAGCUGUUGCUGUCGGUCAAGACUUUGCCCGAGGGCGACGAGUUCCAAGAGGACCGCAUCGCCUCAACCCUUCGCCUUAUGACGUUCAUCCGCAGCAUCGGCCGAACCGACAUCUUCGUCCGCUACGUCCAGCGUCUCGUCGACUACCAUCUCGCCGCCGCUAACUUCGUCGAGGCCGGCCUGACCCUUAAGCUGCACGCCGACCUCUACGACUGGAACAACACCGCGUCGCUCGACCCCGUGCAGGACCUCGACUCCCAGAAACAGACGGAGUUUGCGCGCCGAGAAUUGCUCUUCCACCGCAUCAUCGACUACCUCACUCGCGGCAAGGCAUGGGAGACGGCGAUUGAGCUAGCGACCGAGCUCGAGAAGCAGUACGAGACCAAGACGUUCGACUAUGUCAAGCUCGCCGGUGUCCUGCGCAUCAAGGCGGACCUGUUUGCUAGCAUUGCCAAGUCCGAGCGGCACUCCUACUUCCGCGUCGCCUACUAUGGCAGCCACUGGCCCGCCUCGGUCGCCGGCAAGCAGUUCAUCCACCGCGGCAGCGAGACCGAGACGCUCGGAACGUUCAUCGAGCGCAUGCUCAACAAGCAUCCAUCCGCGCAACUGCUUCGGACGAGCAGCAUCCCCGGCGAGGAGAUCCAGUACGGCGAGACGCAAUACCUCCAGAUUACUGCCGUCUCGCCCGAAUACGAUCGCUCGCACCCUCUCCUCCUUUCACAGGACGUCCCGCACUUCGCCAAAGUCUGGCAUCUCCACCACGGGUCGACCUUCUCCUUCACUCGCCCCCUGGCCAAAGAUGCGCAAGGCCGCAACCUCUCGACUAACGACUUCACCGCGCUAUGGACGGAAAAGACGGUCUUGAUUACUGAGGAUGCGUUCCCGACUGUCCUCCCUCGCUCAGAGGUCGUCGAGAUUCGCCUGAUCGAGAUUUCGCCUACUGAGAACGCCCUGGCGGAUAUCGCGACGAAGAGUGAGGAGCUCGAGGCGCUGGAGCGGAGGUACAAGGCUGUGAUGCAGACGGCCGAGGAGGGGACGAAAGUCAACACCAACCCACUCUCAAUGGCGCUCAACGGCGUGAUCGAUGCACCCGUCAACCAAGGCGUGCCGAUGUACCGCCGCGCGUUCCUCGCGCCCGAAAUUAUCGCCAACUCGCCGCCUGCGCAAGUCGCGCUCGUCCGCCAGCUCGAGACAGCUAUCGAUGAGCUCGUCGUCACCGUUGCGAGGUGCUUGAAGUUGCAUGCGCUGCUUUGCACGCCCGACAUGCAAGCCUUCCACGAGACGCUUGAGAAGUUCUUCGAGAAGAACUUUGCGGCCGAGAUCGCCCGUCUCCCCGAACCCGCCACCUACCAACCCGCCGGCUUUGCCGCCCUCUCGCCCGAUACCGCCUCCGCACCUAUCUUCAUAUCUACCGCAGCUCGGGCGUACGGCAGUAUCUCGAUCACCUCCCCUCGGUCCGCUACGUCGCCCCCAAGUUCGCGGAACAAUUCCAUUUCGGCGCAGGCGGUCGACGACCAGUGGUUGCGCGUCAAGAGUCCUGUCGCCUCAUCUUCUCCCACGCCUGCGCCUGUAGAUGUGCGCAAGGCGUCGAGCGUCGCGGCGUCGGACAAGGACAGGCCGUUCAGCCCGACUCGACCGCUCUCGCUCUUUUCGCGUCGGUCGCCCUCUCCUGUCGCUGAGCCAGCAGCGAAGGCAGAAGAGGGGAGUGGGACAGGACUCGGACGACGGGCGAGUCUCUUGUCGAGCGCGGUGAAGAAGCUGGGAGGAGGAGGAGGAGGCGGAGGGGGCGCGGCGAAGCGCAAGACGAGUUUCCCGGCUGUGCCCGAGGAGUGA